UUUUGGUUGAUGUAGUUGGAUGGUGGAGGAGUUGCCAGUGGAGGCCUCCGUGAACUAAUACCAUGCAUAACAAGGACAGCAGUAGCUGUUGGGGUAGAUGGAAUUUUCAUGGAGGUGCAUGAUGAUCCAAGGAAUGCACCAGUGGAUGGUCCAACGCAGUGGCCGCUACGACACUUGGAGGAACUGCUGGAAGAGCUGGUGGCGAUAGCUAGGGCAAGUAAAGGGAAGAGACGUAUGGAGAUUGAUCUGAUGCCAUUUCGCGAUUAGAGAGCAGCUUGGUC